UAACUUCAGAACACUCUGGAUAGUUUUCAUUGUAAAACGGAAUCUGGUGUCACUCAAGAGUAUAGAAAUCAGUUUCCGAGCAAAAUUGUACAAGUUCUUGUUAGUGUUAUAGAAAUAUAUAUAAAUAAACAAUGUCGACAAAGUCUUCCGUCGAUUUACGGGCGGAACUUGCCGAAUUAGUGAAACGAAAAGCAGAAAUAGCUGAUACUCUUGCCAACUUAGAACGUCAAAUCUAUGCAUUUGAGGGUAGUUAUUUGGAAGACACACAAUUAUAUGGCAAUAUAAUACGUGGAUGGGACAGAUAUUUAGCCAGCAAUAAAAACACUAACAGCAAAGCAGACAAGCGUAACAGGAAGUUCAAAGAAGCCGAAAGACUUUUCUCAAAAUCUUCUAUUACAUCCAUGGCUGCGGUUAGCGGACUUGUGGAAAAUACCCAGGAAAAAAUUGACCGGUACAGCGAAUCGGAGUCACAGAUCGGGAACAGCGGUAGCGAGGACAAUUGCAGCCUGGUGAAUUCCCAUGGGACCAGCGGGAACACAGCCACCAGCAACGGGAAUAAGGAGUCCUCGGGGAAGAACCACUCCCUGACCGGGCAGUAUAAUCAAAACGGGUCGCUGUCAUCUUCCAAUGAGAUGUCAGGACAGUUCGCGAAUGGUCACGCGAGCAACGGCAGCCUCGAGCACGCCUCCCUGAAAGAGAACACUGGAAAAGAAGCAGCGAAAAGCAAAGCCGCGAACAGCGCGAAAAAGAAUAGCAAUAAACGAUCUAGGAAUAGGUAGAACCCCGCAGUGCUGGCAUCUUCUACCGGCGAUUCCCGCCGCGAAUCGAACGAACACCUUCUUCUGCGAAUCACAGUUUCAUUUUGCUCACACGAUUUUAUCGAUGUACCGAAAUCACACUCUAUUUUAUAAUAAAUGCACCACGAACGUUGAACUUGUACUGAACUGUGACAAGCGUCGAUGACGCUCUUGAAUAGAGGAUAACAGAUUAGGUGGUGCGAUGGGGUCGGUGGACCGGAAGUGGAGGAAUUUGGGAACCUUUGGGCUCUGUAUCCAGUAAAGGAGUGUUACAACAUCUUCUGUAGCUAUUUAAAUUGGUUUAUCUGUGCGAAGUAAGAAUAUUUUAUCUUUGUCCGAGCUUUUAAGAGGACACUUUAUUCUUGUAGGUGAGAAAAGUGGAUGGACAAGGAUUUGGUCAGUGGUUCACCAUCAUUUAUCCUUAUUUUCUUAACUUCGUCUGUCCCUUGGUAUCAAAUUGGCAACAUCACAAAGUUAAAUUUGUAAAAUCCUACUUUAACAGUGAGAAACGGUUAAUGUAAGACUAUUUGUGCAUUGUUCAUUGUUAAUUGAUUAUCAUGCUGGACACAUAUUACUUUUUCAGAAACUGAUACCGGGAACAGAUGCGAUUUAGUAAAAUGAAUUUGAAAGGUGGUAUACAUGGAUUAAAGUUUCUAGCUUCUUUGCUGGAUGUUGAGCUUUCGGUCUGAAAAUAAAGUUAUUUUUCUGUGGUCUCCAUUAUGAAGUGGAGCUUGUUCAUAGUGCAGCGGUUGUGGCACAGUGUAAAAUCGAAUUGGAAUUGAGAACAAUGAAAAUCAAAAUGAAAGACGAAGGAUUUUCUUUGGUUUUAUAGUCAGACGAACAGUAUUUGUUAGGUUUAAGAUUGAAAAUAGCGCAGGUCACGACCUAAUAUUUUUUUAAUUCAUGUCUCUUGUACUUUUUAGCGUUUCUUUGCAACAAAUAGCCAGCCUGUUUUUUCAUAACAGUUAAAGUUCGUGGUAUUUUGGAAGUAGCAAAUACGAGUACAAGAGACGCCGAUUUUAAUGUUUUUUAAUAAUCAUUUUGUAAUACACACUCACACACACGCAAAUACAGUAUCGGAAUUGUAGUUGUAGUGUACAAUUAAGAUUAAUUUGAUUGCACAAAGAACUAACGUUAGAUUUUCAACAUUUCUUUGUAAUUUUAACCGUUGGAAUCGUUUGAUUUUCAACCAUUUUUAGGAUCUUUCGAAAUAAAUCUUUACUCGAUUAUUGUGUUCUGAAUGUUAAGUAAUAUUAUAUGUAAGUUUUUUCACGCGACUAUUCAACCUGAAAGAUCGAAAUUUUAAGAAAAGACCUAUAAAAAUUCCAAAAAAAAGUAUUUUUUUGUAACCAGCGUACUCGAGUGUUUAUAGUGUUAUAAAUAAAUUAUUCGGAAGUAAUCGAACGCUUAUUGAGCUUUCUUAUUAUUUAUAUUUUUUUGUGAUUUCAGUUCUAAUAUCGUAAAUUGAAUAUUUUUGACCAAAACAUCAGGCUCUUUGAAUAAAUUCGAGGACAGGAAAAAGAAGCAUUUUGGCUUGGACCAAAGAUAAUUUGUUUCGAAUUGAAUUAUUGACAUAACUUAUCAUUGCAAAAAUAUAAUAAAAUUGUCUGUUGGCUUUUAUGAAACAAAAUGGCUGGCAGAACGAAACGCAAUGGCGGCGGUUCCAAUGAUCACGUGCGACGAAAUAAUUUUAAUUAUGGCUGUAAAUCGCCUAAAUAUGUAUGUUCAAUAAUGUUGAUUAUCUAAACGAACCACUAAACUCUACUAACAGGGACUACAUACUGCCUAAAACAAUUAGGGAAUCACGUUAAAAAAUGAGAGAUAUGUACUGAAGAAUAUAAUAUUUUUAUGUUAAUAUAUAAACUAA